AGUGUGGUUCAAAUACUGAGUUUACAGCGACAGCGUUACAUGUGUUUGUCUCCCAGGCUGUGGAUUAUGUGGAGGCGUCUGCACGAAUUUAAAGUUAACAUCUUCUUUUUCUGACUUUGGAUGCUUUCACAGCACGCGUUUGGAAAUUUAAUCUGAACUUUUUGAGAAGAUGGAUAACAGGGAGGAAUUGAAGAAUUGUUCCGUCAGCGUCCUGACCUGGGAGCAGGUGAGCCGGCUGGAUGAAGUUCUCACGGAGGUCGUACCUGUUCACGGGCGGGGGAACUUCCCCACCUUAGAGGUGCGGCUUAAAGACAUUGUGGCCCGGGUGCGCUCCCGCCUGGAGCUGAGCGGCAUCAGAGUAAAGGACAUACGGCUCAACGGCUCCACGGCCAGCCACGUGCUGGUGCAGGAUAUCGGCUGGAGCUACAAGGACCUGGACGUCAUCUUCAGGGUGGACCUCCCGCACGAGGCUGAGUUCAGGCUCAUUAAGGACGUGGUGCUGGGUACCUUGCUGGAUUUUCUGCCCGAGGGUGUGAACAAAGAGAAAAUUACACCCAUGACUCUCAAAGAGGCUUAUGUCCAGAAGCUGGUGAAGGUCAACACAGAGCAAGACCGCUGGAGCCUCAUCUCCCUCUCCAACAACAACGGCCGCAACGUGGAACUCAAGUUUGUGGACUCAAUACGCCGGCAGUUUGAGUUCAGUGUGGACUCCUUUCAGAUUGUACUGGACUCCAUGCUCGCCUUCUACGAGCUCGCACAGACGCCCAUGUCACAGGCCUUUCACCCCACUGUGAGUGGGGAGAGCGUGUACGGGGACUUUGGCAUGGCACUGAGCCACCUGCGGAACAAGCUCAUCGCCACCAAGCGGCCCGAGGAGAUCCGAGGCGGCGGCCUGCUCAAAUACUGCAACCUGCUGGUGCGGGACUUUCGGCCCGCCAGCGAGGAGGAGUUCAAGGGCCUGGAGCGGUACAUGUGUUCCCGCUUCUUCAUUGACUUCCCCGACAUCGGUGAGCAGCAGCGCAAGGUGGAGGCCUACCUCCAGAGCCACUUCAUAGGCGAGGAGAAGAGCAAGUACGACUACCUCAUGAUCCUGCGGCGAGUGGUCAACGAGAGCACGGUGUGCCUCAUGGGCCACGAGCGGCGGCAGACUCUCCACCUCAUCUCGCUGAUGGCCUUCCGUGUGCUGGCGGAGCAGAACGCCAUCCCCGAUGCAUCCUGCGUCACCUGCUACUAUCAGCCGGCGCCUUAUGUCCGAGACCACAACUUCAGCAACUACUAUGUCGCCAACCAGAACAUUCCAACAUGGCUGCCGUGCAACUGACAAAAAGUACAACAAGUGGAAGGACGUACAAGAGGGCAACGCUGCCGCUGCUGCUUUUGAGAAGAGGGAAGGAAUGAUUGAAGAAAAAAACUCCCCCCCAAAAAAAUUAUUGAGGCAAUAAAUGCUGUUCCUCUCAAGGCACAAGUAUAUUUAAGUGGACAUGUGUUUUGCUUUGUUUUUUUGGAAUCCUUUCUCAUUCCUUAUCUAGAGUUGUCGAGGUCAUUGAAUAGAAAGUGAUAUUUUUAAGUGUUCAUAUUUUUUUCCUCAUGUUUGGUUGUUUCCCUGUUUAGCAGAGUUGUUUUGUGCCUUAACCUGCCGAUUUACCCCCCAAUAAUUUAAAUAUUUUUUGAAGACAGGGAGGAAAAAGAUGUUGUUGCUUUAAAUUUGGUUUUCUCCUGUGAUUUAAAAAAAAAAAAAAGAAGAAAAAAGUGAAAAGGCGAGAAAAAAAGUAAAAUAUUGAAAAAUAGUGUUAUUGGGGCAGGGGUAAUAUAAUAGGUGAAGGCCCCCCAAAAAACAGAGCACCAGUGUUAAAAAGUUAAGUUCACUGGGGAGGGAUGAAGGUGGUACACUAAUAACUUUGUUCUCAUCUAAAAUGAAGGGGAGGCUAGAGGAGUUGAUUUGUUUUAAUUCAUUUGACGUGUAAAUAUCUCUCACAGACGUUUGUCUCCCCGAUAUGCCGGCAGUGCCUGUGAUUUGUAAACAAUGCAAGAGAAAAAUGUGCGGAUUUUUAUUUUCCACUGUGAAUCUCAGUGUAGGACGAGCUCCCCUCCUCCCCCUUUAACCAGUUUACUCAGCCCUGUACUUUUCAGUGGAGACCGGCUUUGAGCGGAAAUCUGCAGCGAGACAGUUUGGGCCUCAGAUAGACAGGCUCCUGUGUGUCUGAGGAGUUUACGCUCCUCUGUGUUUUAAGCCCAAAGCCUCACCAGUGACCUCCGCAUGUCACAAUCCUCUGGCUAUUGUGGGAAGCUGAGUGAGUGGACACGGGCCCCGGCUCAGAGCAUGGCCUCGUUGAAAGCUGGCUGGGAGUCCUGGAGUGACAGGCUGACUGGCUGUCCCUUCCCUUAAAAGGAGCAGCACAUGGUGCGCCCGCAGGGUCGUCCCUCACAACCAUUGCAGGCUCGACAGCAGCCCUGAAACGGGAUCCUCCUCUGACGCAGCGACUGGCUCUCUAACUGUACGGGCCGUCUAUAAUUAUCCUCUUUUUCUUUUUUCCUGGAGGAGGUAUCUUCGACGCAGGGAACUGGGCAUGGGUGUGCGAGCAGCAGCAGCAGCACUGUCACCUUACAUGUGUGGGGAGCUUAGUCACUUCCUGUCCUCUUCUAUCCGGUAACCACGCAGUGGUUUGAACCCCUUUUGUGGUCAUGGGAGCACAGACACCAAGGAGUGCAACUGGUAUGUUAAGAGAAAUGCCAGCAUGUCUGCCAGUGGGAUGCCACUAGGGGUGGACGAUAUGUCCCAUAAAUAAUAUGAUGAUAUUUCAAGGUGUUUUUGCAUUAACGAUAUUCUUGAAGAUAUGACAAAAUACAGAACAAAUCAUUGCAAGAACAAACAAUUUCAACAAAAUCUACAGUUUUACAUGUCGGCAUAAACAGUUUGCCUUCAAAUAUUCGGUAAAAACUAUACAAAAUAAUGUGACAAUAUCUCACGAUGUUUUUGCGAUAAUAUUCUUAAAGUUAUGACACAAUACAGAAAAAAAAUAUUUCAAAAACAUACAAUUGCAACAAAAUGUGUACAGUUUCACAUGUCAGCAUAACGACUGCCUUUAAAUUUUUCUCAAAUUAUUUCUCAUCAUUUUAGUUUGUAAACAACAGAAAUCAAUACCAAAUCCACCCUCAGUCAUGCUUGUUUUUCCCUCUAUAAUAGUAUGACAACAUUAGUUGCAAUAUUACCAUCAUCACAAUAUGAAUUUUUCCCAUCAUAUCAAUAAUUUUAACUGGUAUUAUGGUGAAUGAUAUGAUAUUGCACACCCUGAGAUGCCACUCCCAUUUUGGACUCUUUGGACUUCUAUGAAUCCUGGAAGCUACCACUAACUUGAGCCACGAUCUCUCCCCCUACCGCUCGAAUGUGACGGAGCUGCCCCCCUUAAAACCUUUUAAAUUACUAUUUCUAGCCGAGCCUAUUAUUAGCUGUAAGUUUUGAACUCUUGCAGCGUGGCAUUACUAUCACAUGGCAGUGACUUUAACAUACCAUCUUUCUGUAGCGUCCAGGUUCAAGAGGACAAAUGUUGCUCUUAAACGUCUCGUGUAAGCGACACCUGCUGUGUUUCUACUCUUCCCUCUGUUCCUGCACACUCCCGUGCUGCUGCUGCUGCUGCUCAUCAUCUGCGGCUCGUGUUUAUACAGAUAACCAGGAGCGUCUCUUAUCUGGCUGCCCCACAGCUCCUGCCGACUUAAAAAAAUUGUACGUGGGACGGUCAGCUCAGCCUGUUCUUCAGGUCACAGCCGGGGUCAGGGCACGCUCUGCUGGCUUAGCUGCUGAACUUUGGUAUGGGAAC